AUGUUGCACUCCCAUCACUGCACUGUGAUAAAUUCCAAUGACUCUUCUCAUCAGGACUUCAUCUUUGUCAGUCUUUCAUAUCUUUCUCUCUACGUCUCUCCACAUCUUAAUCUCUCUGUCUCUUCAUAUCUUCAUCUCUCUCACUGUUCAUCUCUCUCAAUCUCUUCUGCUUUCUCAGUCUGUUCACUUCUUCAUCUCUCUCAAUCUCUUCUGCUUUCUCAGUCUGUUCACUUCUUCAUCUCUCUCACUCAUUGUCUGACUCACUCCUUUCAUACCUUUCUUUCUGCAUCUAUUUGCCUCGUCAUAUCUUUGUCUCUCUCAAUCUCUUCACAUCUGUCUCAGUCUCUUCCUAUCUCCUCUCUCACACUUAAUCUCUCUCAACAUUUCUCUCUUUAUCUCUCACAGUCUUCCAUAAGUUCAUCACUUUCACUCUUCAUCUCUCUCAGUCGUUUCAUAUCUUUCUCUGUGCAUCUCUUUCAGUCUUUUUCCUAUCUUCAUCUCUCUCUGUCUUUCAUAUCACUCUCUCUGCAUCUCUCUAUCUCUUCAUAUCUAUCGCUCUCUCAGUCUCUUCAUCCCUCUCAGACUUUUCAUAUCUUUCUCUCUUCAUCUGUCUCAGUCUCUUGUCUUUCAUAUCUUUCUCUCUACAUCUCUGUCUCUUCAUAUCUUCAUCUCUUUCAUUCUUCAUCCAUCACAGACUUUUAUUUCUCUCACACUUCAAGUUUUCAUCGCUCCCGGUCUCUUCUUAUCUUGCUCGGUGCAUCGCUCCCGGUCUCUUCUUAUCUUUAUGAUCGCUUCCCGUCUCUCUUCUUAUCUUGCUCUGCGCAUCGCUCCCGGUCUCUUCUUAUCUUGCUCGGUGCAUCGCUCCCGGUCUCUUCUUAUCUUGCUCUGCGCAUCGCUCCCGGUCUCUUCUUAUCUUGCUCUGCGCAUCGCUCCCGGUCCCUUCAUAUCCUUCUCUGCGCAUCUCUCCCGGUCCCUUCAUAUCCUUCUCUGCGCAUCUCUCCCGGUCCCUUCAUAUCCUUCUCUGCGCAUCUCUCCCAAUCUCUUCAUAUCCUUUUCUGCGCAUCUCUCCCGGUCCCUUCAUAUCCUUCUCUGCGCAUCUCUCCCAAUCUCUUCAUAUCCUUCUCUGCGCAUCUCUCCCAAUCUCUUCAUAUCCUUCUCUGCGCAUCUCUCCCAAUCUCUUCAUAUCCUUUUCUGCGCAUCUCUCCCGGUCCCUUCAUAUCCUUCUCUGCGCAUCUCUCCCAAUCUCUUCAUAUCCUUUUCUGCGCAUCUCUCCCAAUCUCUUCAUAUCCUUCUCUGCGCAUCUCUCCCAGUCUCUUCAUAUUCUUCUCUGUGCAUCUCUUUCAAUCUCUUCCUAUCUCCAUCUCUCUAUCCUUUCAUGUUAUGAUCACAGUCUCUUCAUCUCUUAGUCUCUCUCUCUCGUACACUUACCCUCUGCCUAUCUAUAUCCAUUUUUUUCCUCUUUGUCUCGACGUAUAUUUUACCGUUCAAUGUUUGAUCAUUGUGAUAAUUUGGGCGAUUCGGAUUAAUUAUCUGCAACCAAUGAGGUUGCAAUUUGGAUUCUCUUUUAUUUUCCGUUCCAAAUAUAUUGUAUUGGUUUGA